AUGCUUCGCACCGUGAACCACUUGAAUGGCAGUAGGGCGCUACACGUGUCUGUCAAAAGAUCAGACUUCAUGUCGUGGUUCAAACGAAAACAAGACGGCAAGUCGAAAACGGUGAGUCGAGACACCAAAGAAGUUAUCGCGGACAUUGAAGCAGGUGAGACUAAAGUAAGCGGAACCAACACCAAGCUUAAACUAAACGAGGAGUACUUUAUCGGGGAAGAGGCUGGAGCUAUUAACAAAGCCCAGCGCCAGGCUCUCAUCACACAAAUUCCGUUCAAUGAAUGGCUAUCACCUUCUAAAGUCGCUACGGUAAAAGAUCUGGAUCACGCAUUACUUAAAGCGUUUAGCACACUGGGUGGGCCGAUUCCUGAGUCAACAACUGACAAAUCUCUCGAACUGCCAUUCUCAAACCUCAUCGACAAAUUUCACUUUACAAAAGCUUUACAGGCCUCCACCGGCACUUUAAUACCUGAUUAUCAGUUGACACGUUUACAAACACCCCGUGAACUACGCGAGUAUUAUCUGAAAGAAGUUAUUAGCGGCAAGCUUGCUAAUUUCAAAGAUGCGGAACCUAAUGCCAUUGAGCUCAACAGUACAUCGUAUAGUGCUGAGAACGUUCACAUUAUCAAUUCAGUAAGGCCCAAAGAUAAAAAGAGGAAAUUGUCGGUAAUUUUUUCUGAAGUGGAAAGCUUAGAACGCCAAAGCGCUAAAGAAGCUUUGGAAAGUGCUAGGCAAGCUGCUUGA